GUCUUAUCUCACUGCAGCAGCUUCGCCUUCCGACGAGAGCAGAGAGUUCACUACAACUACCAGCAGCCUCUGCGCCAUCAUCCAUGCGCCGCAGUCAAUCAGCUGUUGAAGCAACUGCUGACUGUCUCGGCACCAGCUCGUUUGUCAAACCCAAACCCCGGCGAGGCGAGCAGGAAUAUCGCUGCUUUCAGAGUCCACAAAGGGGGAACGAUAAAGCUCAGCAAACCAUGCAGGAUGAUUUACUGAUGGACAAAAACAAAGCCCAACCUCACCAUCAGCCAGAUCAAUUAGACCCUCCUCCUUCCACCCCGACCCCGUCACUGGAGCCGUCUUCCUCUUCGUCGGGAUCCGAGAGCCCUUCGACGAGCAGCAGCAGCAGCAGCAGCAGCAAGGAGAAAGUGGCCAUGGAGUCGCCGAUCCUGCCCGGGUUGAACUUCCACCAGCAGCCGCAGGACGCCAGCAGCGGCUCCCUCUCCUCUCCUUCCUCUUCGUUCGGCAGCACUUGGUCCACGGGGAGCGCCAACGCCGUGGACGACAGCUUUUUCCAGGGAAUACCGUCGGUGAACGGGACCAUGCUGUUCCCAAACUUUCCCCAUCCUGUCAACCCCGUUUUCGGGGCCAAUUUCUCCCCUCAGAUGGGUCUGGCUCCCCAGUCCCAGCAGCAGCAGCAGCAGCAGCAGCACAGACGGUCCCCUGUCAGUACCGGCCAGGGCCCCUUCCCCCAGAGAAACGCUUAUCAGACCAUCAUCAACAACAGCAAGGGCUCUUCUUCUGCUGCUGCUGCUGCGUCCUCGGCUUGGAAUAACCACCAAAACGCCGCCUGGAGCUCGGCAGCCUCCAACCCCUGGAGCGGACUACAGGCGGGUCGAGACCCGCGCCGAGGAGUCGGGAUGCCGUCACCUCUAAACCCGAUCUCGCCGAUGAAAAAGCCCUAUUCGAGUAAUGUCAUCGCGCCCCCCAAAUUCCCGAGGCCAGGUCCGCUCCCGACCAAGCCGUGGAUGGAUGACGGCGCCUUCAGGAACGACAACAACGUCAUGCCUUUUCAGGAACGGAACCGGCCCUUUGAUGCGUUCAGCUUGCACUCUUUGGAGAAUUCCUUAAUGGAUAUGAUCAGGACUGACCACGACAAAGGACGAAUGGGCAUUAACUUUCAUCAUCCAGGAGCCGAUCACAUCAUGCCACUGAACAGACGAAUGGGCAUUAACUUUCAUCAUCCAGGAGCCGAUCACAUCAUGCCACUGAACACUCGAAGUUUUGGCCGCAGACGAGGUCGCUCCUGCCUUUUCCCCUUCGAAGACGGUUUCCUGGACGACGGCCACGGAGACCCGUCUCUGACGCCGGGCCUGAACUCUCCCACCCGGUGUCAGAACGGCGAGCGGAUGGAGCGCUACUCCCGGAAAGUCUUCGUCGGGGGUCUGCCGCCCGAUAUAGACGAAGAAGAGAUCACCAACAGCUUCCGUCGCUAUGGUCACCUGGUGGUGGACUGGCCGCACAAGGCGGAGAGCAAAUCCUACUUCCCACCUAAAGGCUACGCCUUCCUGCUGUUCCAGGAGGAGACCUCGGUCCAGGCCCUCAUCGACGCCUGCAUCGAAGAGGACAACAAGCUCUACUUGUGUGUGUCCAGUCCUACCAUCAAAGACAAACCGGUUCAAAUCCGUCCCUGGAAUCUAAGCGAUAGUGAUUUUGUCAUGGAUGGCUCCCAGCCGCUGGACCCGCGCAAGACCAUCUUCGUGGGAGGCGUACCCAGACCCCUGCGUGCAGUGGAGCUGGCGAUGAUCAUGGACCGGCUGUACGGGGGUGUUUGCUACGCCGGCAUCGACACUGAUCCGGAGCUGAAAUAUCCCAAGGGCGCCGGGCGAGUUGCCUUCUCCAACCAGCAGAGCUACAUCGCCGCCAUCAGCGCACGCUUUGUACAGCUGCAGCACAACGACAUUGACAAAAGGGUGGAGGUGAAGCCAUACGUGCUGGACGACCAGAUGUGUGACGAGUGUCAGGGCGCUCGCUGCGGCGGCAAGUUCGCCCCCUUCUUCUGCGCCAACGUCACCUGCCUGCAGUACUACUGCGAGUUCUGCUGGGCCAGCAUCCACUCGCGGGCCGGCCGGGAGUUCCACAAGCCGCUGGUGAAAGAAGGCGGCGAUCGCCCGCGACACGUGUCCUUCCGCUGGAGCUGAAACCACCACGCGCCCCCCAAACAAAAAAAACCAUGAAGAGAAUCUCCUGCCACCCUAGCGCCACCUACAGUCCACCCUGCUACCUUGACGGAAAUAAAUCCAGGACGGGACUUCGCUCUCACCACUCUGCCCCCCUACCUCCAACCUGCGGGGGAGAGGGGGGUGGAACGCUUCAAAUUUGCACUUUCAGCACAAAGAUUCACAGAAGGCUUCGUCCGGCUGCUUUCAGUUCCGCUCACGGAGAUAUUUAAAAAAGUAAUAUAUAUUUUGGUUCUGUACCUUUUUAGAACGCUGAUGUAGAAGAGGAGCAUGCACUUAUCGCAAAGCAGUAGCUACGCCGCCCCACAACACUAUUACCAAAGGAAGUGCAAGCUAGGUGGCGCCACAACAUGUAGCACAGACUGACGCGUAGCGGGCCGCCGGUCCGAACAUCACAUCCAGAUUUUGAUAGUAGUUGUACCUCAUAUGCAGUUUGCUCUGGAGGUUUUUGUUUUCGAUAAUAAUCCAGUGUUGUGUCGAUGCUGCCACAGCUUUGCUGCUAACGUCACGACCUGGCGCCACCUUCGGACCCGCGGUUUGGUCAGUGGGUGGAUGGGGGGCGGGGUCCCGUCUUGGCUGCAUGUUUAUUUCAACCAGGUGGCUGCAUGCAAUACGAUACAUGUACGAUGUUUGCACAGACGGGCGGCAACCGACGCGUCGAAGAAAUGACCAUAACAACCGUCUAGAUAGCUGAAGUACUAUUUUUGCAGUGAUUGUUGAUAUAAUUGUGCAAUUUUUUUCUACCGUACGUAGUUAGGUCUGCCUAGAACUGUGAUACGCUUUUACCGUCGUCAACGUCCGACAUAGAAGUCCUGUGAAACUUCGUAGAUAGUGAACGCACACGUAUAAAUGUUCUCUUGUACACACACUUGCACCUGUAACCUCCUCUCGACUAACAAAGAAGCGCGGCCACCGUUGUUUACGCUGACGGCCAAAUGUCGUAGUUCAUCGGGACAUAAGCUUGACAGUGACGAAUAACAGAGUUUUACUCUUUAGUCUGUGUAUUUUGAGGUUUUUAUUUAGAAAAGAAACUUCAGGCAAGAAGUAUUUUAACUACAAGGUGCAUUUCAUUUGUACAAAUGGAACGACCCACUGCGACGUAGGAGCUGCUCAUGUUCACGUAACGUUUUUUGUUUUUUAAACAUACAAUGCUUGAUCAGUUCAUUUAUAAUAAUAAUCAUGAAAGCAUUUUUGCUGAAUUUCUGUCCACGAAAUACACAGACUAACGCUAAAAAAAGUCGUGACGCGACGGGUUUCGGUUUCGUCUAAUUUACGUUAUUGUUCAUCGCCUACCUUUUACCGACAUUUACUGGUGUACGGAAAUUUAAUAAUCAAGUAAAAAGGCGUGUUUCUGUGUCAGCGAAUUAGAAACUUUCAAAUCUCGUAAACACUGUAGUCGGAACUCUGUCGUGUUGGAGUCACGUUUUCAAUGUCGGUGUGGACGUCGCGAGCUCAGGCGGAAGAAAAGCUCUCGUGUCCUCGGGUUCACUGAAGCAACCCGAGCUCCGCACACUUCGUACAGGACGGGCGGGAGGUGCUAGCUAAAGUCGCCGAUUUUUUUUUUUUUUGUUUUAUUUUUUUUCCAGAUUUUAUUUUGAAUUUUUCCUGCAAAGCUUGAAGUUACGAACCUGCUAUAGGAAGACAAAUAAAAAGUAGAUAUAUAUUUUUAUUUUAAUGAGGUGCAGAGUUCAAACUGGACGAGGAAGCGAUGGCUGCUUUGGUCGGGGUGGGGCGGGGGCGGGGGGGAAGUUACACUGGUUUUGUGGACAAUCCUACCAGGAUUUUUUUUUUUCUCUCAAAAGGGGGCGGAGUCGAGCCCACGCUAGCUUCUGGUUUUAGUCGUAAACUGUUUCUCUACCCACAAAAAAGGAAGUGAUUUUGUCUCUCUCCACUCAAACUGGUUUCUCUCUCAUCUGUAAUGCACUACUCUUUUCACCAGAGUUUUCCACGCACGUUUUUUCUGACUGAUCGUUUUCGCAAUACCUCAAUUUUGAAAUCAAGGAGAGACUUUCCUAGUACGGAUGAUUUUGAAAAAGUCUAUAUAUAUAUCUAUCUAUAUAUUAAUUUAAUUCAAGAGAAAUAAUUUAAUUUCAGAAUUUAUUUUUUUUAACAACGAAGGAGCUUUAUAACUAAUAUAAUGACAUCACGUGACAGAGAUUUAUUAUUUGCGGCGGAGGGUUGAACUUGAUGCAUUUCCCCUUUCCUUUAUUUGCUGUAUUUAUUAUCAGUCGUCGUGAGGUUAAAUUUCCCAGCACCCUUUUAAGAAGUUCCCGACCGGAUGAGAAUCAGCCCCGCGAGGUGCAUCAAGAGACUGGUGGCCUUCUUACUCAUGCAAGACUUGAAUCAGCCCUGUUUUUUUAAUAGCUAAAAUUCUUUGUCGUAAUGUGCAAUACUGUUUGUACGUUUGUAGAAAAAAAAGAAAAAAGGAAAAAAAAAAGCCUCAAAUCUUUAUCGCAGAUUUAUUUUCAUUGCGAAGCAUCGUGAUUCACAAAAAUCAUUUUCUACUGUGUAUUUACCUGCUAGUACCCUCCAGUAGUGAUGUAGCCUUUGUACGGAGAAAUUUUCAUUAUUUUCUAGAGUUUUUUGCUAAAAGAGUUCAACAUAUUUUUAUUUUGUGUGUGUGUGUGCGUGUGUGCGUGUUUUAUUUUUUCUUCUGGACGGAAAAUUUCAUAUCUGGUCAAUGUCAUUAAUAUUAUUUUGUAUUUUUACUUAAAUUAAUUUUAAUUAUUUUGGAAGAAAAAAAUAUUUUCCAUUUCUUCACCUUUUUUUCAUUUUGGAAACAAAAAAAAUGUUUGUAAUAUUGUUACUAAAGUGUCUUGAAUUGCUACGCUUGUACGUGUUAAUUCGCUGAUGUUGCUUACAUUAGUGUGAAAAUCAACUAGAGGGCAAAACACUCACAAUAAUAAUGAAUAAUAAUGGGGGGGGUGAUGUUUGUGUGAUUCGUAAUGUAAACAAGUGAAUGGGCAAUAAAAUAAAAAUGACAGAAUGGAACAUCCAAGUUGUGAUUUUUUUAACUCGCUGUUGCCUGAUGAAGUGAGGAAGAAGCGUCCAUGGUGUUUGCUGAUGAGAUAGUGAUUCGUAGCA